AACCAAAAAGCCCAAAACACAAAAACCCUAAUUCACAUUAUUUAAGCUUCACCUUCUUCUUCAAUAAUUUCAUUUUCCACAAAGCACCCACGCGUUCUAAUAGUCUCCGAUCACAUCUUAACCUCUCUGACGAACACACAACAGCAAUAGAAUGUCAGGUCGGUGCAGUGAAGAGGGUACAGCAGCUGUAGCAGCAGAGACGGCGACACAGCCACUUGGGGAGGCAAUGGAUAUAAUGACAGCAUUGCAAUUAGUAUUAAAGAAAUCAUUAGCUCAUGGAGGACUGGCUAGAGGUUUGCAUGAAUCAGCAAAACUUAUAGAGAAAAACGCAGCUCAACUAUGUGUAAUAGCUGAGGAUUGUAAUCAGCCUGAUUAUGUUAAGCUUCUUAAAGGUCUUUGUGCUGAUCAUGGCAUUGGUUUAUUGACUGUCCCCAGUGCCAAAACCCUUGGUGAAUGGGCUGGUUUGUGUAAGAUUGAUUCUGAAGGCAAGGCCAGGAAGGUUGUCGGUUGCUCUUGCGUCGUAGUUAAGGAUUACGGCGAGGAAAGUGAAGGACUUAAUGUUGUUCAGCAGCACAUCAAGUCUCACUGAGUAGCAGGAGAUCUGAUUGCUGAUGGGUCUGAGUUGAAAUUUAUUGUAGGUUCGUUCUUCUUUUUUUUUUUUUUUCUUUUACAUGAUACCCUGUAUUUUGGGGUGUUUGAGUGCUUACUAGCUGCUGCAGUUGCUUCCAGUUGAGUUGUUUUGUUGUUAUGAUCAUGGUGGAACACCUUUUUCUGAUACCUGAAAUGUUAAAUUAGCAAUAUAUUGAGGUUCUGAA